UUUCCCAUCACUAGUCGUACUUACAUCGUGCAUCGUACAGAUGAUUUUAUGCUUGCAUAGAUUGAUAGAUUAAGGCGUAAAUAGUGAAUCGCGCUUUAGUUUCUUCUGCAGUAAAAGCAACCGGUUAGCGUAGUGUAACAACUAGUCAAGUUUUGCUAGCUUAAAGAGAAAGUUCAGUGUGCUAUGCCGGUGCCACUUCCCGAUUCGGAUUCAGAGGAUGAAUUACCUCCUGCGUGGGAAGAGCGAGCGACGACGGAUGGAUUUGUUUACUACGUAAACCAUCAGAGUAAAGCUACUCAAUGGACGCAUCCCCGCACUGGGAAGAUGAAACGGGUUUCUGGUGAACUUCCGAUCGGCUGGACCAAACAAGUUGAAGAAGCAACUGGGAAGAUAGUGUUCAGUGAGGGAGCUACCCAGAGAAAAUCUUACACCGACCCUAGACUAGCCUUCGCCGUUGAAGAAGCUCCUCAGGUAGUUGGGCAACUUCGACAACGUUUCGAUAGUGGGACGAAUGCCCUUCAGGUGCUGCAUGGUCGCGAUUUAAGCGGAAAAGUAGCGAUAAUUACUGGCUCCAACACUGGCAUUGGAUAUGAAACAGCCCGCUCCUUAGCACUGCAUGGAUGUGAAGUUAUAUUCGCUUGCCGUAAUGAAAAAACAACUAAUCAAGCCAUUGCCAGGAUACAAAGCGAAAAAGAAUCAGCUGGCAAGUUGUGCCGAUUUUUCAAACUAGAUUUAGCCAGCCUGCGUUCUACAAAAGAGUUUGCAGAACAAAUUAAAGCCAAAUAUAAGCAUAUUGACAUGGUUAUUCUUAACGCCGGGGUAUUUGCUUUGCCUCACUCUUUAACUGAAGAUGGCUACGAGACAACAUUCCAGGUGUGUCAUUUGUCGCACUUUUAUUUAACCAAUCUCUUGUCUGAUAUCUUGGACCAUACAUCCAGAGUGGUUAUAGUCUCAUCCGAAUCACACCGCUUCAGCAUGCUUCGCACUAGUGAUAUAACCGAAAGCAACCUCUCGCUGCCCGCCAACAAAUAUUGGAGCAUGAUUGCAUACAACAACGUGAAGUUAUUCAAUGUUCUAUUCGCGUUUGAGCUGGCGAAACGAUGGAAAACUCGUGGUAUAUCCGUGUUUGUACUACAUCCCGGCAAUUUGAUUUCAUCGGACAUCUCUCGCAACUGGUGGCUUUACAGGUUGAUUUUUGCCCUUGUAAGACCGUUCACCAAGUCGCUGCAGCAAGCUGCCAGUACUACUAUUUAUUGCGCCACUGCGCACGAACUGAACGGGCUAACCGGACUGUACUUCAACAAUUGCUACGUUUGCGAGCCCAGUAGAGGGGCGAAAAACGAACGCAAGCAAGAAAUGCUUUGGAAGCUCAGCGCGAGCAUGAUCGAACGGAUUAUCAAGUAGUUUUAUGCUCAGAUCCCUGUAUGUUUUAACCCUUUCACAAUGAUUUCCUAAGUUGGUGAAUAUCGUUCUUAUGGUACAAGCGACCACCGGAUGUAUGCACUCUUACUUGUCUCAAAGUUUUGAAGAAUCCUUUUGGUGUUAUUGUCUUUAUUGUAUCUGCUAUAUUCAUACUGGCGCAACAAUUAAAUGUGCCCUGUCGAAAUAUAACAAAAUAUUUGAAAACUACUUAAAAUCGUUUUAAAUCACACAAACUCAUGUGGUGGAAAGUAUUUCGGUAUUGUAUGGUAUGCUGUGG